AAACAUGGAUUCUGGGUUCUUGAAAGCCUUCCAGAGGACAGUCACCUGCCCUAUCUGCAUGAACUGCUUUAUAGACCCAGUCACCCUAGACUGUGGGCACAGCUUUUGCAGGCCCUGUUUCUGUCUCAGCUGGCAAGACAUCCAAGUUCUAGCUCAGUGCUCUAAGUGCAGAAAGACAACACAGCAGAGAAACCUCAAAACUAACAUUAAUUUGAAGAACCUAGCUUCCCUUGCCAGAAAAGUCAGUCUCUGGCAAUUCCUGAGAUCUGAGGAGCAAAUGUGUCAGAUUCACAGGCAGACAAAGAAGAUGUUCUGUGAAGUGGACAAGAGCCUGCUCUGUUUGCUGUGCUCCAACUCUCAGGAGCACCGGGAUCACAUACACUGUUCCAUUGAAUGGGCUGCUGAGGAAUACCGGGAAAAGCUUUUAAAGAAAAUGCAGUCUUUAUGGGAAAAAGCUUGUGAAAAUCAUGGAAACUUGAACAUGGAAACCACCAGAGCCAGAUGCUGGAAGGAUUAUGUGAGUUUAAGACUAGAAGCAAUCAGAGCUGAAUAUCAGAAGAUGCCUGUAUUUCUCCAUGAAGAAGGACAACGUAAUUUGGAGAUGCUGAAAAAGAAGGGCAAAGAUACUUUUUGUCAACUUACUGAAAGUAAAGCCAAAAUGAUUCACAAGAGGGAGAUUUUAAGAGGAAUGUAUGAGGAGCUGAAGGAAAUGUGCCAUAAACCAGAUGUGGAGCUACUUCAGGGUUUUGGAGAUAUAUUACACAGGAGUGAGUCUGUGCUACUGCCCAUGCCCCAGCCUGUGAAUCUAGAGCUCAGUGCAGAGCCCAUCACUGGACUGAUGGACAGGCUCAACCAAUUCCGAGUGGAUAUUACUUUGCAUCAUGAAGAAGCCAACAGUCGUCUCUUUCUAUGUGGAGAUUUGGGAAGCCUGUGUAUUGGAUGUCACCGUCAAGAUGCGCCCCAUAUCAAUGCAUCUGAAAGUUUUCUUGCAUGGGGUGCUCAGACUUUCACCUCUGGCAAAUAUUACUGGGAGGCCCAUGUGGGGAAUUCUUGGAAUUGGGCUUUUGGUGUCUGUAAUGAGUACUGGAAAGAGGAGAUUCACAAUGGCAAUAUACAUGGAGAAGAGGGACUCUUUCUUCUUGGAUGUGUUAAGAAUGACAUUCACUGCACUGUCUUUACCACCUCCCCACUUAUGCUGCAAUAUGUCCCAAGACCUACCAGUCCAGUAGGAUUAUUCCUGGAUUAUGAAGCUAGAACUGUGAGCUUUGUUGAUGUUAAUCAAAGUUCCCUUAUAUACACCAUCCCUAAUUGCUCCUUCUCACCUCCCCUCAGGCCUGUCUUUUGCUGUAUUCACUUCUGAACAGAGCGAAAUCAGAACUGUGUUCAUAUGCUGGAGGAAUCCCUUUAUCCCAGGAAGCCCUUUUCCUUGUGCCUUGUCAAACAGGACAAAUGGGUUCUAUUUUAUGCCUUAAAUUGCCUUCUAAUGUUAUCAAAACUCAUUUAUUGUGUUACUAUUAAAUAUGAUGAAAACACUAAAA